AAAAAUGUUUACGUAGUGACAACAAAGAAAUAUAUUGAAAAGCGAAAAAAGGACAUGGAAUCAAUUUCAUUAGAGAGUAGCUUAUAUGAUAAAGUUACACAAAUUGAAAUAUGUAAAAUAGUAGCUGUUGAAAUUGAAGGCAAAUGGUUCAGAGGGAAACUAAUUAGUUUCAAUGAAUUUGUAACUGACAAUACCCUAAUUGAAUUAAUUGAUUAUGGCUCUGUUUAUGAAACUAAAUUAGAAAAUCUGUUUGUUCUUCCAUAUUAUUUUAUGUAUGAACCAUUAGCUUUAUCAGUCACAUUCAAAGAUUUUAUACCGAAGAAAACAACAUUUUCUAUAAAACCCCUUCUGUCAGAGAGUAAUCUAUAUGAAGGAGCUGUUCUUGUUGAUAUUAAAUGUAAUGAUAUAAAGUUGGAAAAUUGUGUUAAUGGAAACCAGUUAUUAGAAUCAAGAAAAGAGUAA